CCCGAGGGGGUUCCCAUAUCCGACGGAGAGCGCUAACGCAGCCUUGCUCUGCGUGGGGCUAAACGUCGAGGGUUGCAAGGCCAGAGGUGCGGAUUCCGGGCCGGCUGCGACGGCUCGCCGCGCUACGCGGUUGCCGCUGUGCAUUUUCCCGUCGUCAUCAGCCGCCUCGGUGCUGUCGAGACUGUUUUUGUUUCUCCUCGUGCAGCCAACAAAGGAGACGACCGCAUUGGUUCAGCAGCUGCUAAAGCUGCUGCUGCUGCUGCUGCUGCUAGGGCUGGGAAUCUACGAGCGAAAGCAAUGACCGGCGAUGGUGCGUGGGAUGCCAUUUUUCUCAGGCUCUUCGUCCUCUUCUCCGUGAUUACUACAGGGCAGUUGCAGGCCCCGACCCCAGCGUCAUCUCCUGCUGCCUCGCUAUCAGCGGUAUCUGAUUCUGAGGUGUGCGCCCAAAGCUAUCCUGGGCAACAGGGGUAUCCACUCGGGAGGACAGCCCAUAUCACCGGAAAGUUGGGCCUAAACACCUUCGCAGCCAACUUCGGCAACCCUAAUCCGUGCGUGGUCCAGUGCCGGACGCCGUCGGGUAACGUCUGGACGGCGGCCAAGCCUUGGGGCACGCCCUGCAUCUUGCAUGGAGAGCAGAGGUACUGCGGUGCCAACGCAUGCGUACUGAAGAACGACUCGUACAUCGACUACUGCCGUCAAAACUUCCAGACGGAAAACGCAGUCAUUGCGUUGACUCCGUACAUGUGCACACUCGAGUGUAUAGACACCAUCACUGGAAUUGUCCUCAAGGUGAAGAUGACGGACGGUAGCCCGUGCCAGGCUAAUACUGGCCGGGGCUAUGAGACGGGUUUCUGCUACAGCGGCGCCUGCACUGUCACCGUGGUGCCCUACGUGCGACGCCUCAUCCCGGGUUACAACAGGCUCGGUUUGCUGUUCGGAUGACGACACCGCCUCCGCGACUUGGUGUUUCUCCAGACGUGUCAGCUCGAGUGUCUUCGCCGUGGACUGCAUGUUGUCAGUAAGAAAAGAAAA